AUGAGCAUUGGGACAAUCAUAUCAUUAGCAUUGGUAUCCAUUUGUAUUUGUAAGACAAUACAGACUCGAAGUGAUGUCAACCAAAACAGCACUUAUUAUAGAGUGUUCGGCACAUUAAGGAUGGAAAGACACAAUACAUUGAGAUUAUGUGGUCAGGCAUUGACUGAAGCCAUGACUGCCGCCUGUAUGCCUACCUAUGGCUAUAACAACAAACGAUCAAAGAUUAUACCCCUUAAUACAAACCAAAUAAAUGAACUGAUCCCUACAGAAGACAUGCUUUAUAUAACCGAAAAAUUAUUUGAAAAUUUCAUUAAUCAGGAGAAGCAUCGGUUUACCAGACAUGUGAGGUCAGCCCCACAAGAGUGUUGCGCCAAUUCAUGCACUUACGAGACAUUAUUGUCAUAUUGUAAUACAACAUCUAAUACAAGACCCUGA